GGCUACUGCUCACCAUGGCAGAGGCUCACCAAGCCGUGGCCUUUCAGUUCACGGUCACUCCGGAUGGGAUCGACCUUCGAAUGAGCCAUGAGGCCCUCAGGCAGAUCUAUCUGUCUGGACUUCAUUCCUGGAAGAAGAAGUUCAUCAGAUUCAAGAAUGGCAUCAUCACCGGCGUGUUCCCGGCCAGUCCUUCCAGUUGGCUCAUCGUGGUCGUGGGCGUCAUGUCGACAAUGUACGCCAAGAUCGACCCCUCGCUGGGGGUAAUCGCCAAGAUCAACCGGACCCUCGACGCCACCGGCUACCUGUCCAGCCGGACGCAGAACGUGGUCAGUGGCGUCCUGUUCGGCACCGGCCUGUGGGUGGCCCUCAUCGUCACCAUGCGCUACUCCCUGAAGGUGCUGCUCUCCUACCACGGCUGGAUGUUCGAGCACAGCAAGAUGAGCCGCGCCACCAAGAUCUGGAUGAUGAUGGUGAGGGUCUUUUCAGGCCGCAAAACCAUGUUGUACAGCUUCCAGACGUCUCUGCCGCGCCUGCCCGUCCCGGCCGUCCAGGACACGGUCAGCAGGUACCUGGAAUCCGUGAAGCCUCUGAUGAAGGAAGCAGAGUUUAAACGGAUGACGGCUCUGGCACAAGAUUUCGCGGUCAGUCUCGGACCGAGACUGCAGUGGUAUUUGAAGUUAAAGUCCUGGUGGGCUACAAAUUACGUGAGCGACUGGUGGGAAGAGUACAUCUACCUCCGAGGACGAGGACCCCUGAUGGUGAACAGCAACUACUACGCCAUGGAUCUGCUGUACAUCACCCCGACCCACAUUCAGGCGGCGAGGGCGGGCAAUGGGAUCCACGCCAUCCUGCUUUACAGACGAAAACUGGACCGAGAGGAAAUCAAACCGAUUCUCCUGGGAUCCACGGUGCCCCUCUGCUCCGCCCAGUGGGAGCGGAUGUUUAACACGUCCCGGAUUCCGGGGGAGGAAACAGACACCAUCCAGCACCUCCAGGACAGCAAGCACAUCGUCGUGUUCCACAGAGGCCGCUACUUCAAGGUCUGGCUCUAUUACGACGGCAGGCUGCUGAAGCCCCGGGAAAUCGAGCAGCAGAUGCAGAGGAUCCUGGAUGACCCGUCGGAGCCUCAGCCUGGGGAGGCAAAGCUGGCCGCCCUGACGGCAGGGGACAGGGUGCCCUGGGCCAAGUGUCGCCAAGCCUAUUUUGGACAUGGGAAGAAUAAGCAGUCCCUUGACGCGGUGGAGAAGGCAGCUUUCUUCGUGACGUUAGACGAAACGGAGCAAGGGUAUAGGAAGGAGGACCCAGACAGGUCGAUGGACGGCUACGCCAAGUCCCUGCUGCAUGGCCAGUGCUUUGACAGGUGGUUUGAUAAAUCGUUCACGUUUAUUGUCUUCAAAAACGGCAAGAUGGGCAUGAACGCUGAGCACUCCUGGGCCGACGCCCCCAUCGUCGCUCACCUUUGGGAGUAUGUCAUGUCCAUCGACAGCUUUCAGCUGGGUUAUGAGGAGGACGGCCACUGUAAAGGGGACACCAACCCCAACAUUCCAUACCCCACCCGGCUGCAGUGGGACAUCCCGGAGGAGUGUCAGGAGGUGAUAGAGACUUCCCUGAGCUGCGCCAACCUUCUGGCGGACGACGUGGAUUUCCAUUCCUUUCCGUUCACCACUUUCGGUAAAGGGCUGAUCAAGAAAUGCAGAACCAGCCCGGACGCCUUCGUGCAGCUCGCCCUCCAGCUGGCUCAUUACAAGGACAUGGGGAAGUUUUCCCUCACCUACGAGGCCUCCAUGACCCGGCUCUUCCGAGAGGGGAGGACUGAGACCGUGCGUUCCUGCACCACCGAGUCGUGCAACUUCGUGCUGGCCAUGGUGGACCCCACCCAGCCGGUGGAACAGAAGCUCAAGUUAUUCAAGAUAGCGGCCGAAAAGCACCAGCAUCUGUACCGCCUGGCGAUGACAGGCUCCGGGGUGGACCGCCACCUGUUCUGCCUCUACGUGGUGUCCAAAUACCUCGCCGUCGACUCCCCCUUCCUGAAGGAGGUCCUGUCUGAGCCGUGGCGAUUAUCCACCAGCCAGACCCCUCGGCAGCAGGUGGAGCUGUUUGAUUUGGAGAAGAAUCCGGAGUAUGUGUCGAGCGGAGGGGGCUUCGGACCGGUUGCUGACGAUGGUUAUGGGGUGUCGUACAUUAUUGUGGGGGACCACCUCAUCAGCUUCCACAUAUCUUCCAAGUUCUCCUGCCCCGAGACGGAUUCUCAUCGCUUCGGGAAGCACCUGAAACAGGCAAUGACUGACAUCAUCGGUUUGUUCAGCUUCUGCCCCAAUUCCAAAAAGUAAAGAGAAACCAAACCAGCCAACCCCUGGCACUGCCGUGAAGGACAACGAGGUCUUCCGAUUAAAACCCACAUGAAAAACAGCUAUGAAUCCUGACUAGCGUUCAGGAUGAAAAACUGUUCUCAAACACAGAGACGUUUUCCUUCCAUCGAGGGUUUGGUGGUUUUGCGUUUCUAGAACAGCAGCCUCCAGCCUGUGAAGUAUAACCCUACUCCUUCCAAGGAGGUGCUCACCCCGGGUACUGAGUCCUUGGCCUUGGAUUUCAUCAGAGCAAUGGAGACAUUUGUUUCGUUCAGAGAAAAGCCACCGUUUAGGUUGGAGGUGUUAACAGUUCAUAGCUGCCUGCACAUGUAACGCACUAACGGGGACACGCUGUGCUCUGGGGACCAGUUCUGUCCCGCGGUGACUCUGUCACGGUCGCGUUGAGUUGUCUGCAUUUGUCCCAUCUUUCGUUUUCCUGCAAGUCUUCAAAAGCCAGUGCCUUAAACCCAGGGAUCCUACCUGUAAGAGAGACCACCCGAGAGAUCCAUUGUGGAAAGUCUUUGGGGGCAGUGGUGGUGUCAGCGUAGCAAGUGGACAAGCCUGAGUGACCAUUUGCCUGCUGUGUCCCCUUAUCCCAGAAGGACCAGUGCCCUUACGAAGGUGGCUGCACUGCAUUCCCCCAUCAAACUGCCUUCCUUAGGCUUCAUCAUUAAGCCGCAAAAGAAGACACGGGCGUGGCUCAGAAAUGGGGAGCAGGGGAUGUAACGUCACGUAUUUUGUAUCUGGCACACUCGCUGAAAAAUAAAACAUCCUAGGUGCCUCAGGAUCCCUGCUUACCCAAACUGACAACAAGGAGAGCAUGGCAUUUGCCACUGAGAAAGGAGCAAAACUUGAGAAAGGGGGACCUCGAGUUGGUCAGGGUUGGGCAGCACCAGGGCCGGCUUCGCAUCCCACCUGGUGAGAGAGGAGACCUGCUCCCAUAUCCUGGGAGACCGAGGGAGAUGGGCCUUCUCGGUGACCUCCUAGCAUGUCUCGGGUCAUGGGUGCUGGGUUUAACAGAGCCCGCCCUUCCGAUGGGAGUGCCUUUAUCAAAAGAAUGACCGAGCAAAAAGCAAUGAUGCACUGAAUUGUCUUCAGUGUCUAAUGCAAAAAUAAAGGAUCAUGGAAUGAAAUCGACCCACUGCCUCUGGGCUGUAAUGACGAGCUUAGCUGUCCGUUUUUAAAUUGUGUAUUUAUUUUUCUGACCACUCCGUUCUGGCUGGGCUCACCUCUGUAAGAGUUUUUGCAGUCCAGUGAUGGAGCCACGAGGCUGAACUGCUGGAGAGGAGAAACGCACUCGCUGCGGAGUGGGUUCGUGUCUUGUGUUGUGAUGUAAAAACCCCACCUAAAUGGGCCAAAGAUGUUUUCCCUCUGAAAAGCAAGCAGAAAUGAGAAGAGAGAGGCAAAAGGGAGCUCCAGCCACCACGGUGACAAAAGGCCCUUGUUUGUCUAUGGUACGUCAUCAAGGAGGUAGGUAGGGGGGUGCAGGAUACAGCUCCUCUGCUCAGCCAGCCAGUGCAGCUUCCACUCAGCCAGGACCACUGGAAUCAUACACUGUUGACCACUGACCCGUCUGUAGUAUGACUCACAAGCGAAUUUGAGUGCAGAUGUGCUGGCCCUCAAAGGUUUUGGGGCUUCUCUCUCAGGUUUUAAAUGUUUCAAAUGUAAUCAUUGCUCAUCAGUGCAGUUGUCAAUGCAAUUUUAUAUUCCUUAAAAGGGGGAAGAGUGGGUUUUUCCUGUACGUGUCGAAAGAAGGAGGUAAGAGUAACAUGCGUUUCGUUUAAUUUGGAACAAGCCAUAGUCUUAACGAAACUGCGGUCUGAAUUUGUUAUCCUGGACUGGCCAUUGCAUGUAAAUACGAUAUGCUCUUUGGGAUGUAAAUCUUAGAAAUGCAGUAUGGAUGUUAUCAUGAAUAAAAACAUUAAUCCCAGUCUAC